UUUUCUCAUCUAUUGAAUCUCAGAGUUUGCCGUGUUGCGCGGCCCAAGGGAAGACCACAUAGAACACACAGAAUGCUACGACCAUCGAACGUUCCAAGCCGCAGUUUUGUAGAUGGGAAUCGAUGUUUCCACUUUGCCUUUUAAGAUAAAUAACUUUUUUGAAGAGAAACGGUGAAUGUGCGAAGCGGUGGAGACCUCCGGAUCACGAAAUGUUGGGAUGGAAGGUGCAGACUUUGACUCGCCGUCUCCAACAGGAGUAUGAAGUACUUUACGGGUGUGAGAUCACCGAGAGUGAAACUUUGUUGCCUUGGGACAUUACUACACGCUUUCGGGGAAAUAUUAUAACGUGUAAAAGCAGAACCAGCGCGAAGUCUCCGCAACAUGGCCUCGGCUGCUAAUGCCUCCUCCGAGCAGGAAAACAGGGACCCCGAUCGGCCGAGGAUAACGCGGAGGAACAGGGGGAACUAUCGCAGAACAGCGCCGGAUUUGGAGUAUUUGCAGCGACCAAGUUACUGCGAUGCAGCUUUCGCUUUGGAGCAAAUAUCCGAGGGGAAGGCGACUGGAAGAAAAGCACCGCUGUGGCUGAGAGCGAAGUUUCAGAGACUCUUGUUUAAGUUGGGCUGUUACAUACAAAAGAACUGCGGAAAGUUUUUGGUUGUGGGCCUCUUGAUAUUCGGAGCUUUCGCUGUUGGCUUACGGGCGGCGAAUCUGGAAACCGACGUGGAGAAACUCUGGGUAGAAGUGGGCGGCAGGGUGAAUCAGGAGCUGAAGUACACGCGUCAGAAGAUGGGCGAGGAGGCCAUGUUCAGUCCCCAGCUGAUGAUCCAGACGCCACGGCAGGAGGGCGCUAACGUGCUCACUGUGGAGGCGCUGCAGCAACACCUGGAUUCAGCUAUCAGGGCCAGCCGAGUGCACGUUUACCUCUUUAACAGACAAUGGAAAUUGGAACAUUUAUGCUACAAAUCAGGAGAACUUGUUACCGAAGCUCAUUUUAUGGACCAGAUCAUUGAGAAGCUGCACCCCUGUCUCAUCAUCACGCCCCUGGACUGUUUCUGGGAGGGAGCCAAGCUCCAGUCUGGAAUGGUCUAUCUCCCGUGA